AUGUUUGGGAAGGCUCUUUCAGAAGCCGUGUGUCCGCUUUGUCGGUUCGCGCUCGACUCGAGGAGGCCAGCGAUACGAAAUGCAAUCCCUCAGCCAUGGGCCUACCGGUUCGCCUCGAGCUACAGACAAAAGCGCUCCACGCCCUCCCGGAUGGUGCUGUCCGACAACGUUACGCGCCGACGAGACGACGAUGGCAGCAAGAAACCGCGGCGGAGAGCAGUCGACGGCCCCUUCUCGGGCAUGAACAGAACGGUCGCAAACAUCGAUCCCAUGCGACGGAUAGCGCAGGCGCGGGGGCGAGACAAGGACGAAAAAGCGGGCACGGAACGCGACGGCAAGGACGCCAAACCCAGGUUCAAAGCCCUGCGUAUGCAACGGGCCCUGACGUCCUUCAGCUAUGGACAGAGGAUGAACCUCAAAGAUCGCAUGAAAGAGGUGGAAAGCUUCGACCAGUUUGACCUGUUGCCGGCGAUCAAGGAGGGUGGCUUGAAGGAUAUGUUCAAGGACAAGGCCGAGAUCCAGCCCACCCCGGUACAGAGGCUUGCGAUCCCAGCUCUCCUGGGUCAACAUAUCGGUGCGCCUAGGCGUACGAAAACAAAAGCUGUUCCCAGCGAAGCAAGGCAGGAGUUCUUACUGGCGGCCGAGACGGGAUCGGGCAAGACGCUGGCUUACCUGCUCCCCUCGGUUAACGCCAUGAAGAUUGCUGAGGCGCAGGACCAGGACGUCGCGGCGUAUAACAAGAGGCUCGAAGAGGAGAAGGCGCUGCGUGCUGAUCCGAGGUAUAAGGGCAAGUCCUUGUUGGAGCCGCAUCCUACUACAGCCCGGCCACGAGUCAUCAUAUUGGUGCCGACCGCCGAGCUCGUCGACCAGGUGGGCGGGGUGGCCAAGAAACUGUCACAUUCGGUCAAGUUCAAGGUGGAGAAGAUAUCAGCCAACUUCGACGCCAAGGUCAUUGAGCGCCGGAUCUACAGGCACGAGGGGCUGGACGUGGUGGUCGCCACGCCUCACCUGCUGGCAUCUAUCGCAGAGUCGGACCCCAACGUCCUGUCACGGGUGUCGCACCUAAUCAUCGACGAGGCCGACUCGCUGCUUGACCGCAGCUUCAGCUCCGUGACGACGAGCAUCAUGGACCGGGCCAUGCCCUCGCUCAAGCAGCUGAUUAUGUGCUCCGCCACGAUCCCCAAGCGGCUGGACCACUACCUGUCCACCAGCUUCCCCAAGAUGAACCGCAUCGCGACGCCGAACCUGCACGCCAUCCCCAGGCGGGUGCAGCUGGGCGUGAUCGACGCGAGCAAGGACCCCUACCGCAACAACAAGAACCUGGCCUGCGCGGACGCGAUCUGGUCGAUCGGCAAAGGCGCCUCGAUGCACGAGGGCGCGGUGCCGGGCGAGGUCGAUGUGAAGCGCGUCAUGGUCUUCGUCAACGAGCGGGAGAAGACGCAGGAGGUGGCCGACUUCCUCGUGUCGAAGGGCGUCGACGCUGUCGCCCUGCACCGCGACACGCCCGAGCAGCGGCAGAGCGAGAUGCUGGCCACGUUCACGUCGCCGGUGCCCGUCAGGAGGCUGAUGGACGACGUCGAGAGGAGCAGCCCGGUGAAGGGCAAGAGGCACCUGCAGAACACAAAGGUCAUCGUGGCGACGGACCUGGCGUCGCGGGGCAUCGACACCCUCGGCGUGAGGCACGUGGUGCUCUACGACGUGCCGCACACGACCAUCGACUUCAUCCACCGGCUGGGCAGGGUGGGCAGGAAGGGCACGCGCGGGGGCAGGGGCAUCGUCAUCGUCGGCAAGGACGACAGGAGGGAUGUGGUUGCGGAGGUCAAGGAGAGCAUGUUCAUGGGCCAGGCGUUGUUGUAG